AUGAAACUAAUGCCACCUACUUUUGCAGGCAAAUCAAACCCUGAGGUUUAUCUAGAUUGGGAGAGGCGCUUGGAGUAUAUCUUCGAGUGUUACGGCUAUGGUGAACUCAAGAAGGUUGCGUUAGCUGUAUCUCAGCUCAACGACAACGCAUUGGCAUGGUGGGAUCGCACCGUAGCUGAGAGGAGGCUACAAGUCUUUGGUCCAAUUCAAACGUGGCACGACAUAAAAUAUCUACUGAGGUUGAGGUAUGUGCCAGAACAUUAUCAUAGGGACUUACAAAAGCGUUUUCGUAAGUUGACACAGGGAUCAAGGAGCGUUGAGGAGUAUUUUGAAGAGUGUGCGAAACUCAUGAACUCUUUGGAGUUAGAAGAGUCCGAAGAGGCUCUUAUGGCUCAGUUUGUCGAUGGCCUUCAAGAGAGAAUAGCUCGGAAGGUGGAGCGGGUUAAGUAUAGUGGCUUACAUGAGCUACACCUCUCGGUGCAAGUGGAGCAACAAAUCAAGAGAAAAUCAUCUCUUUCAAACCGAGGCCGAAACAUUCAGCCUUGGCAAGCCAGCACCAGCGAACCACUAGAUAAAGGCAAAGCUGUAGAGAUCGAGUCUCGAUUCAAAGGCAAACCCACCGAACCUCCAAAAUUCAACAAGCCGGAACAAGGUAAGUUUCAAAACACUAGUCAAGCUAGAACCCGAGACAUUUUUUGUUUCAAGUGUCAGGGAGACUGCCCCAACCAACGGAUCAUGAUCGUUAUCCCAAGUGGUUAUGAGUCUCAAGAUGAAGCCGAGAUGGAGGUAAACAGUGAAGAGGAAGAUGUAGAGUACCCCAAAACUGGAGAGUAUCUAUUGGUGACCCGGAGGGUUUUGAGCGUUCAAGUGAAACCUGAAGAGACGGUCCAACGAGAGAACUUGUUCCACACGCGAUGUACAAUCAAGAACAAGGUAUGUAAUCUAGUUAUAGACGGUGGAUCUUGUACUAACGUGGCUAGCAAGUUCAUGGUGGACAAACUAGGUCUUGAAAAGACAAAGCACAUGCAGCCCUACAAGCUACAAUGGCUUAAUGAUGCCACAGAGCUCAAGGUAACCGAGCAAGUUACCGUACCAUUCAGCGUUGGUAAGUACCGAGAUGAGGUGCUAUGUGAUGUGGUGCCAAUGCAAGCCGGACAUUUGUUACUAGGUCGACCUUGGCAAUUUGACAAAGUCACCCUACACAACGGCCGCACCAAUUACUAUAACUUCACACACAUGGACCGUAAGUUUAACUUAGGACCCUUAAGUCCAAGUCCAUCUGAAGUUCACGAGCUUCAAAGUAAGAUGACUCAAGAGUGUUCAGCGCUUCCCAACAAGGCUUCUUAUCGCAUGAACCUGCAAGAAACAAAGGAGUUGGAGAGACAAGUGCAAGAACUCAUGGACAAAGGGUACAUCAGAAAAUCACUUAGCCCCUAUGCUGUGCCUGUUCUACUGGUCCCCAAGAAAGAUGGUAGCUGGAGGAUAAGCGUCGAUUGCCGAGCCAUCAAUAACAUAACCAUCAAGUACCAGCAUCCGAUCCCACGUUUAGACGACAUGCUUAACGAGCUCGGUGGAGCCACUAUCUUCUCCAAGAUAGAUUUAAAGAGUGGAUAUCAUCAAGUAAGGAUGAAGGAAGGAGAUGAGUGGAAGACGGCCUUCAAAACCAAAUAA